UACCAGCCACUACCUGGGAAAUGGAUCCCACUCUCUUCCCCCUCUUGAGAGAAUGGAACACCGGACAUGAAUCGAGAAUACGGCGAAAAUCGAGGCGGGCUCCCAGCGUCAUGACGACUGUUAGGCUACCAACAUCAGUGUUUCUGUUCGUACAGAUCUUUAGUUGUCAUUUGGUUGUCUCCACACAUGGUUUAUGUGGCCCAGAUGAGUAUCCUAUCACUGGCUAUCCGGGAGGUAAAUGCCUUCAUUGUGAAAAAUGCCAAGAAGGUCAAGGGCUGGUGCCAAAAUGUGGAACUCCUAUAGAGUAUCAAGUUGACAAGAUUGAUUGUAAACCUUGUCAACAUGGAAAAUUUAGUGACAAGUAUGACAGUUCUUCUUGCCAUGUUUGUCACCACUGUGUUGCAAAUGAAAAAGUUACUAAGCAGUGUACCCCCACAUCAGACACCAUUUGCAAUGGAACUUGCGAGAAAGGAUUUUAUUUUAGCAGAAAGGAUGGCACUCACAGUUGUCAGAAAUGUUCCCACUGUUGCUUAGAUGGUCAAGAUGAGGAGGUAGCUGAGUGCAAAGAACAAGGUGACAGUGAAUCCAAACAGUAUUGUGCCCCUCGACCAGACAAGGAUUGUACUCCACCAUAUAUAUCGCCAUCAACAGGAGGAAAACAUGGAUCAGAUACCUUAAAUGAUAACAAAUCAUUACAGACACCCAUAAUUAUUUUAAUUGUGGCUGUUGCAAUUAUAACUAUCUUGGCAGGAGUUAUAUCUUUAGUGACAGUAUAUCGGUGCAAAAGAAGAAGGAGAACAACUGGGGAUUGUCCAAGUAAUUUGUCCCACCCUUAUGCAAUGAAUGGUCCUUCAGUAGAUUCAGAUGUACAACAAGUUACACCACAAGUGCGUCUCAGUGACAUACAAGAAGAAACUACAUCGCAGGAUGUGGUCACUCAUGUUACUUCUAGUCAGAAUGAAGGAAUUCAAAGUGCUCCUUCUGUGCCUCAGUCUGAUGUCUCAAUUGUGACUAUGGUCAAUAAUAAGCAACACAGAAUGAGUGCUGACACAGUUGUUGGUAAUGAGGUUAGAAUUCCCAAGAGUGACAGUGGUCGAAAGAAUCCUUUACAGCGUUCACUCAGCAGGGAUUCCCAGAGAAGUGGAGAUGAUGCUGAUAAAGGUGGCUUUAGAAAAAGAAGUUCAUCAACAUCAAGCUUCUCAGGAACUGUAAAUAAAACAUUUAGAAAACUAUCAACAAGAGGGGAGCAGGUCUUGAUAGAUAACUUAGAAGAGAAUAGGGAUGAAGUAGAUGGAAUACAAGGACAAAUAAUAAUCAAACAGGAACCAAAAUCUCAAAGUGUGGAAGCAGGUUCAAACGUGCAAUUUGAGUGCAAGGCUCAAGAUACCCAUAGCAGACUGAUCUAUCAGUGGUUCAAAGAUGGAACACCACUUCAUUCACGAGCAAAGAAUGAUGAAGCCAUCUUACGACUAAAAUCUGUUAAAAUGGGUGACUUUGGUUGUUACAAAUGUCAUGUGAGUAGCAUGGACAACCCCAGUGUUUAUGUGGAGUCAGACCCAGGAGAACUUGAUGUGACUCCAGGUGAAGGAACAAGAUACAAAUGUCUUACAGAAGUAAAGCGCCAAGACUUCAACACCUAUGAAAGAGUUGGACGCUUAUUGAGCCAAAAAAGGCACGGCCUAGGUGGGUGGAAGGAGGUGGCAGUCAAAUAUGAAAUGGACCAUCUUGACAUUGAUGUCUUGAAAGAUGAUCCAGAUGCUGGUAGUAAAACACUGAGUUUCCUUGAGUCGGCCAACCCGGAAUUGAAAGUAUACGAUUUUUGUAAGACACUUAAAGAGUACAACAUAAGGCGAAAUGACAUAGUUCAAAUAUUAUUAGAUCACCUGUCAGUUGCUGGGUAAAAGUCUGUUUGCAAUUCCUUGCAAAUAUGAAGUCGGCAAAGCAGUUUGCGGCUUUUUUUUUUAAGAAUGUCUGCAUGUUAAAAAAGGGGGAUGGACCAGUGUUUUCAUAAAAAUUCUCUAGAAAAACAAUCAAAACGACAACAAAAAAUUAUUUACAAAUAUGAUGGGAGAACAGAGAUGGGUAAAGGUUUUUUGGAAUAACUUAAAAAGCUUAAAAAUAUCAACAGCUAAGCAUGGAUAAUGUAGAGGAGAUGAAAGAAGAAAAACGAGAAAAGAAGAUGGGAAAAAGAUGCCAGGCAAUGAAUAGAGAUAUUAACUGAAAGAUUGAAUAAUAAAAAUUAAUUGGUACCCGGUAGAAAGCUAUGGAGCAUUUGUUUAUCCUAUAUGGAUUAUUCAUCCAUUCAUACAUGAGGGUCAAUCUCAAUUUCUUUUUUCAAUUAUUUUACUUAGGGGAACCUGUUUGAGGUUCUCAUCUAGAUCAUUCCAAACUGCUGCAGCAGCUAAGCAAAUUUGGAAUUUGCCACAAUUAGUUCUAAAAUUAUGAGUAUAAUAGGUAGAUGAAUCACUCCAUCAGCAAGUCUAGUUUUAGAUAUAUGCUUUGAAGAUACAUACUGGAAGAAAGGAUCCUAUGAUUCAGGGAGAAGAUUGUGAAUUGUUUAAAUUGUGCAUUGUGAAUGAACAUUAAGCUAAUUAGUUUAAAAAUUUUAAUUUCUUAAAAAUUGAAUCAAAGUGUGUAUCUGGUGUAGGAAAACUGAUGAUGCGUAUGGCCUUUUUUUAAGGGUGCUAUGUGUUACAAAUAUGCUCAGGUCAAACUUGAUGUGCUGAAGCAGAGAUUUUUCUUUAAUAAAAUUAAAUGUUCAGCUUAGGGUUUCCAUUUUUUAGGAUUCAGUAAGGAUUUUGAAAUGUUAGCUGUGCUCAAAGGCUGUAGCUGGCUUACAGCAUUAGAAAUUUUUAGAAUUAAGACUUUUUCUCGAACAUUCAUGCAAUUUAACACUAUUUGUAUUUGUUUACCAAGGGUAUUUACCUCAGUAUUUUCUUAAUAGUCUGUUUGCAUUAAAACACUGAGCUGUUUGCUCGUCGAAAUUUAUUUAGGUAAACUUUAGAAUAAAUACUGAAUAUGUCUCUGA